AUGUCUGCGGUGCAUCCUUCCAUACCUCUGUUGGCCGAUAGUGAGUCAUUCUUUCGUCCGCUGCUUUCAGAUGCCAACUCAACCCUGUCUGGUGCCGAGCUACCCACUUCAGUCAGAAACCCCCAUCGGAUACAUGUAGUCUUCACGGAGCCUCAGGGUUGCACAAACAUGACUAGAAGUGUGUCUCUGAUGCUUGCAGCACCAGAACUAACAGAAGAAGAAGAGGAGACGAUGAAGGUAGGGUUGCCUUUAAAUGUGACCCGAGUCGAAGGCCCGGCUGAACUUUCCGCAGGACGGACUGUACCUCAUACAAUGGGUAUGGGUGAUGAAGCCGUAGAAACAGCAUCAUUUUCAUCCGCAGAGGUUGGGAUAACUCCAGGGCAUAGGUCGAUUUCAGAAGUUCGUGACACUAAAUCCGAUAGAACGACCACCCGAACAAGACGUCAGACCGUCGGAAAUCAAAUGCCUUUGGAACAAAAUGAGGCCUGGAGGCUGGUGUUCACCUGGACUCGAUCGCCCGACCUCUACGAGUUCGGUGAGGAGGGCUGGAGCAGUGUGGGCGCUCCACCAGGCACCCUAUCUGGCGUCUACGGACUGUACAGCGUCAAACUAUUCUAUCGCUUGUGGCAUCAUGGCCAGGCGAUGGCUGUCUUUCCGGAUGCCCACCCGGAAACAGGUAAGAUGGAGCUUCCACAGCCCUUGUGA